GCGAUGCACCCCGGCUGGCGCUGAGGCUGUGCAGCAGCACAGGCGGCGACGGUGCCCCUCGCAGCCCGGGCCCCACGGUGAGGCGGCGGCGCCCCAAGUUCCCGCCAUGAGCAGCCGGCUGGCGGGGCUCCGCGGCCCCGGGGACCCCCGCCCGGCCGAGCGCGAUCGCUGCGCCCCGCGGUCCCGACGCGCCUGACGCUGCCCUGCGAGCGCGGGUCCCGCCACCGCCACCGCCACCACCGCCGCCGCAGCCACCACCGCCGCGUCGGCCUCAGCACCGCCAGCAGCAUGUCUCGGAGGAAGAUUUCCUCCGAGUCCUUCAGCUCCCUGGGCUCCGACUACCUGGAGACCAGCCCCGAGGACGAAGGGGAGUGCCCGCUGUCCAGGCUCUGCUGGAACGGCAGCCGGAGCCCGCCCGGGCCACCCGAACCCAGCGCCGCCGCCGCCCCGGCCCCCGCCGCCUCCGCUGCCGUCGCUGCCGCAGCCGCCGCCGGGGCCAGGAGGGCGCAGCGCCGCCGGAGGGUCAACCUGGACUCGCUGGGCGAGAGCAUCAGCCGCCUGACUGCGCCCUCGCCUCAGACGAUACAGCUGACUCUGAAGAGGACAUUGCAGUAUUAUGAACAUCAAGUUAUCGGUUAUAGGGAUGCAGAAAAGAAUUUCCACAACAUCUCUAACAGAUGCUCCUAUGCAGACCAUUCCACCAAGGAGGAAACUGAAGAUAUCUCAGGAAUUCUUCAGUGUACCGCUAAUAUUCUCGGUCUGAAGUUCCAGGAAAUUCAAGAGAGAUUCGGUGAGGAGUUCUUUAAAAUAUGCUUCGAUGAGAACGAGAGAGUCCUUCGCGCUGUAGGUGGCACGUUGCAAGACUUCUUCAAUGGCUUCGAUGCGUUGUUGGAACACAUCAGAACUUCUUUUGGAAAACAGGCCACUCUGGAGUCACCGUCUUUCCUAUGCAAAGAGCUCCCUGAAGGCACUCUCAUGCUGCACUACUUCCACCCUCACCGUACUGUGGGGUUUGCGAUGCUGGGGAUGAUAAAGGCGGCAGGAAAGAGGAUCUAUCACCUGGAUGUGGAAGUGGAGCAAGUUGAAAAUGAGAAGCUGCGCUCUGAUGGUUCAAACCCAAGCAACUGUAGCUGUCUUACUUUCCUUAUCAAAGAACGUGAAACUACUAAUACCACAAAGAACCUUCCCCGGGGGACUUCCCACACUCCCGCAGACCUCAGAAUCAGCAUCAAUACUUUCUGCAGAGCCUUCCCUUUCCACUUGAUGUUUGACCCCAACAUGUCAGUCCUUCAGCUGGGGGAAGGCCUAAGAAAGCAGCUCCGAUGUGACACACACAAAGUGCUGAAGUUCGAGGACUGUUUUGAGAUCGUCUCUCCGAAGGUCAAUGCCACCUUUGAGAGGGUCCUGUUGCGACUCUCCACCCCAUUUGUGAUAAGGACCAAGCCUGAAGCUUCUGGCACAGAGAAUAAAGACAAGGUGAUGGAAAUCAAAGGACAAAUGAUCCACGUCCCAGAAUCAAACUCCAUUUUGUUUCUGGGCUCCCCAUGUGUUGACAAGUUGGAUGAACUCAUGGGACGAGGGCUGCAUCUCUCAGACAUCCCUAUCCAUGAUGCUACUCGAGAUGUUAUUUUGGUUGGCGAACAAGCAAAGGCCCAAGAUGGCUUGAAGAAGAGGAUGGAUAAAUUAAAGGCCACUUUAGAAAGAACUCACCAGGCCCUGGAAGAAGAGAAGAAGAAGACAGUCGACCUUCUGUAUUCCAUUUUCCCUGGUGAUGUAGCCCAGCAGUUGUGGCAAGGGCAGCAGGUGCAGGCCAGAAAGUUUGAUGAUGUAACCAUGCUGUUUUCAGACAUUGUGGGCUUCACAGCCAUAUGUGCCCAGUGCACUCCCAUGCAAGUGAUCAGCAUGCUCAAUGAGCUCUACACCAGAUUCGACCACCAGUGUGGAUUUUUGGACAUUUACAAGGUGGAGACAAUAGGAGACGCGUACUGCGUUGCAGCUGGGCUGCACAGGAAAAGCCUCUGUCAUGCCAAACCCAUUGCUCUGAUGGCCUUGAAGAUGAUGGAGCUUUCAGAAGAGGUGCUGACUCCUGACGGAAGACCCAUUCAGAUGAGAAUAGGCAUUCACUCGGGCUCCGUGCUGGCUGGUGUGGUUGGGGUAAGAAUGCCACGGUAUUGUCUAUUUGGAAAUAAUGUCACUCUGGCAAGCAAAUUUGAAUCAGGAAGUCACCCUCGGCGCAUCAACGUCAGUCCAACCACUUACCAAUUAUUGAAGCGAGAAGACAGUUUCACAUUCAUUCCUCGGUCCCGGGAAGAGCUUCCAGACAACUUUCCAAAGGAAAUCCCUGGGGUCUGCUAUUUCCUGGAGGUAAGGACGGGUCCAAAGCCGCCAAAGCCUUCUCUGUCUUCAUCAAGAAUAAGAAAGGUUUCCUACAACAUCGGCACGAUGUUCCUGCGGGAGACAAGCCUCUGAGACCUGCCAUAGAUCAAAGACUCCUCCAAAAA